GUUAAGUAGAGUAAAGCAACAGCAUAGUAUAAACUGUAACGCCAAAACUGACGAAACUUCUCUCAUUUCUAUGGCGUGUGAAACACUGGGUCCCACACUUCCUCCAUUAAAAUAACCUUCCAAGUUACUUACCCUUUUCUAAGUCUGCUUCACACUCACAUUUUCUCUCACCUCUUCUCAUCAAAGCUCCGAAAAUCCUCCCAAUUCUGCUCAUCUUUUUUCGGCAUAAUUUCUCAUAAUUUGCAAUUUCUCUCUUUUUCUAUUCAUCGGUGCAAUUGGCGCGAAAUUUCAAUUUUAUUUGGUAAUCAUCUCAUUGAAUUUUUGUAUUUUUGCUGUAUAUCAUGAGUAAUUUUGGAUUAUGGUGGUAUAAUCUGCGAUCAAGCAUAGAAUUUGACUAGGCAUAUGAAGAGGUUUGAAUAGGUUCUAUUAUCCUAUUUUUGGAUCUGCAAUGAAGCUGCUUUGUUCCUCAUGUUUCCUAAUACGGGGAAAAUUUGGAGUCAUGCGGCUUUCUCUUUUACUUAUACUGCUAUUAUUGGCCGGAAAAGGAGCAUUCUCAACUUCCAAUUAUCUAAUUGGGCUUGGGAGCUAUGACAUCACAGGACCGGCAGCUGAUGUUAAUAUGAUGGGAUAUGCGGAUACGGCACAAAUUGCAUCUGGGGUCCAUUUUAGGUUGCGUGCUCGCACAUUUAUUGUGGCAGAACCUCCAGGAAAUCGUGUAGCUUUUGUGAAUCUCGAUGCUUGUAUGGCCUCACAACUUGUGACUAUCAAAGUUCUUGAGAGGUUGAAAGCAAGGUAUGGGAAUCUGUACACUGAAAAGAAUGUUGCUAUCAGUGGAAUUCAUACACAUGCUGGUCCCGGGGGUUAUCUGCAGUAUGUUGUAUACAUUGUCACUUCUCUUGGAUUUGUGCGCCAGUCCUUUGAUGCUCUUGUUGAUGGCAUUGAGCAAAGUUUUAUACUAGCUCACGGAAAUCUGAGACCUGGUUCGAUCUUUGUGAACAAAGGAGAGAUUCUUGAUGCUGGUGUCAAUCGCAGUCCUAGUGCUUAUUUAAAUAAUCCUUCUGAAGAGCGAAGCAAGUACAAGUUUGAUGUUGAUAAGGAGAUGACCCUUCUGAAGUUUGUAGAUGCUGAAUGGGGUCCAGUGGGCAGUUUUAACUGGUUUGCGACUCAUGGGACGUCCAUGAGUCGUACAAAUCCGUUGAUAAGUGGGGAUAACAAAGGUGCUGCUGCACGAUUUAUGGAAGACUGGCAUGAUGGGAAGGAUAGCGGGAAUAUUUAUUCUGACGAAUCUCACACAGGAUCUACAGAAAGAAUUCCCAGGCGAAUUUCCAAUAUUAUUCCUGAAUACAACGUUAAGCAUCGUGAACUAUUGGAUCUCGCCUCUUCUUUUCAGGCUUCUUCUAAAAGAGAAGUAACCAAAUUUUUGAGCAUUUCUAGCCGUGUGAGAAGUGCUCUCCGACAGAGUGAUAAACCUAAAUUUGUCGCUGCAUUUUGUCAGUCAAACUGUGGUGAUGUUAGUCCCAAUGUUCUUGGUGCAUAUUGCAUUGACACGGGCCUUCCCUGUGACUUCAAUCAUAGUACAUGUGGUGGGAAGAAUGAACUAUGCUAUGGUCGUGGACCAGGUUACCCUGAUGAAUUUGAGAGCACGCGUAUAAUUGGGGAGAGGCAGUUUAAGAAAGCUGCUGAUCUUUUCAAAACAGCAUCUGAACAGAUAAAAGGGAAAAUUGAUUUUCGACAUACUUACCUGGACUUCUCUAAACUUGAGAUUACGAUCCCUAAAGAAGGAGGUGGCAGUGAGGUAGUCAAAACAUGUCCGGCUGCAAUGGGAUUUGCCUUUGCUGCAGGUACUACAGAUGGACCAGGAGCUUUUGAUUUUAAGCAGGGAGAUGACAAGGGAAACCCCUUUUGGAGAUUAGUGCGUAACUUACUGAAAACACCGGAAAAAGAGCAGGUUGACUGCCAACAACCAAAACCAAUUCUACUUGAUACUGGUGAAAUGAAGCUUCCAUAUGAUUGGGCGCCUGCAAUACUUCCAAUCCAGAUCUUGCGAAUUGGGCAAUUCGUUAUCCUUAGUGUACCUUCAGAGUUCACAACAAUGGCUGGUAGGCGUCUUCGUGAUGCUGUGAAGACAGUUCUUACAAGUGCAUCUAGUGGAGAAUUCAAUGGCGGCCUUCAUGUUGUUAUAGCAGGAUUGACAAAUACUUACUCACAGUAUGUUACCACCUACGAGGAGUACCAGGUCCAAAGAUAUGAGGGUGCUUCUACGUUAUAUGGGCCCCACACACAUAGUGCCUUCAUUCAAGAAUUCAAGAAACUUGCUACAGCCCUCGUCCAUGGCCAAAGGGUUGAAUCGGGCCCCCAGCCACCAGAUCUCCUGGACAAGCAAGUGGGCUUUCUCACUCCGGUUGUUCUGGACACACCUCCCCUUGGUUCAAACUUUGGAGAUUGCAGCACGGAUGUUCCCCGAAAUGCAACCUUUAAGAGAGGUGAUAUGGUGAGCAUCGUCUUCUGGUCAGCCUGUCCAAGAAAUGAUCUCAUGACCGAAGGAACAUUUGCUUUGGUGGAGAUGCUUCUUAAGAAGGACAGUUGGGAACCAGUUUACGAUGAUGAUGAUUUCUCUCUCCGCUUCAAGUGGUCAAGGCCUGCCAAACUCAGCACACAUAGUCAGGCAACAAUAGAAUGGAGGAUCCCACAGAAAGCACUGCCAGGUGUGUAUAGAAUACGGCAUUUUGGCGCUUCAAAGGGACUUUUUGGGUCAGUCCACCACUUUGUAGGCGCAUCCAGUGCAUUUGUGGUAGUAUGAGAUACUAGGUUUUGUACAUGGCAUGUACGUUUCACGAAACCACAAGUAUUAUUUCAACAUGACCCGUGCUUUGUAAAGUAUUGAUCUAUUUAGUGCAGUGCUCUUGUCAAGAAAAAAAUGCCUCCAGUUAAUGUUGAGGGCGAUUGUGAGCAUGUAAUUAUAAACUUAAGUUUAUUAAGACUGGACUUUCUGUAUUAUUCAUCAAAAUCGUUACUGAUAAUGAAUAUCAAAGGUCCUUAGCCCAAAGAGAA